CAUAUAUAUCUAUCAUCUUCACAAGCACAUCAAACUAAAACCAAAGAAGAAGAAAGAAAAAACACACUACUAGAUUUUCUAUAAUUUUUUUCGAGUUCCAAAACUUCUUUUUCUGCAAGUAUGGGUAUUGUCACCUUCACUGAAGAGCUCCACUGCCCAGUUUCAGCUAAAAGGAUGUUCCACGCCUUGUUCCGUGAUGACCACAAUUUGAUCCCUAAGAUCAUGCCCAACGUAAAAAGCGUUGAUUUCAUCUCUGGUGAUGGAAGUCCCGGAAGUGUCAACCAAGUUAACUUCGUCGAUGGACACCCAGUGAAAUUUGUGAAGCAUAGGUUGGACCACUGCGACGCUGAAAACUACUCGUGCAACUACACCGUGAUCGAAUCCGACACGUUCGGUGACAAGGUCGAAUGUGUUGCUAACGAGGUUAAAUUCGAGGAUGCAGCUGAUGGAGGAUGUAUUUGUAAGAUUAAGAGCUGCGUUCACCCAAAGGGAGAUGCUGUUCUUGAUGAAGAACAUUUGAAGGCUGGUCAUGGAGGAUACAUGGCUAAGUACAAAGCUGUUACCGAUUACCUCGUCGCAAACCCUGACGCUUACGCUUAAUUGAGUUCAGAUGUGUCUGGAGUUCUUUUCUAGUAAAUCAUGUCUCUUUUAAUCAAAACUGAGCGUGGGUUUGGUGAAUAAGUGUAAUUUGUGUGUGUGUGUUUUUGAGUUUGAGUUUGUUCAUCCUAGCUAUGUAUCCUGUUACAUGUAUGUAUGUGCGGUUAGGCAGCAACUAUAUAUGUGCCUUCCGGCGAACAAUAAUAAAAAAGGACACUAUAUUAUAAAUUUGUCACCUUUCCUCCAGAAA